UUUUUAUUUUUAAAGUAUAUAAUAUCAAAUUAAAUAUAUCCGAAUAUUUUUGCAUUUACUUGCGAAGAAAAUCUUAUUGUAAAUCAAAAUUAUCAAAAAAUAAUUUCUAUCCAAUUGACAGUUAUGUCACAAUCAAAUCCAGGGAGAUGGGUGAAAUUUUUUACGGCAGCUGGGAUUCCAGCUCAAACAUCAGCCUCAUAUGCACAUACAUUUGUAGAAAACCGAAUACAACAAGAUAUGUUAAUGGACCUCAAUAAAGAAUACCUCCGUGAGAUGGGAAUAACACCAAUGGGUGAUAUAAUAGCUAUUUUACGAUAUGCCAAAAUCGUUCAAGAACAAGUUGCACGAGAAAAAGUUCUGUCUAGUGAAGUAAGAAUUCCAAUAGCAACAGUGCCAGCUAAUCCAGUUGCAUCUGAAAAACGAAUAAUAUCCUUGAAAAAACAACCUCAAAAAGAAUCAACAAAUCAGUAUCAAGAACCAGUUGCAUCUCAUAGACAAUCUGAUCAUGAAUUAAAUAGGCAUGGUAUGUUGACCAUAAAUCACAAAGAAUCUUCUGUAAAAACACAUAGAAAUGCGGACUCAUUAUCUUUGUCGUCCUUGUCACAACAAACAAUGUUAUAUUCUGAUAAGGAAUCGUUAACCAAACCAAAAAUAUUUGAAAGGCUUCAACGACCAGAUAUAAUAAGAGAUAUUGCUGAAACACGAGAUGAUGAAGGGGUUGAUGAUAGUGAUAGAAGUGAUGACACAAGUGAUGGGAUGAAAAGAAGGGAGGGACCACGCGUAAGAAUGGUUGGAAUAGAUGGAAAAAUUGCAAAAGCAUCAACAUCUUCUAUUUUUGCACGACUGGGGAAAAAGGAUGAUCCAAAUACAAAAAACGCAGUAAAGACGAUAACAAGCAUUUUAAAAACCUCUCCAAAGAAUGGGGUCUCGGGCAACUCAAAGAACAUUGUGAGAACCAAAUCUAGGGUCAUAUUAGUAAAAAAAAUUCCUGCCAAAGCCACUAUGCUUUUUCCAGAUGAGCCAGUUAAAAUGGAUACAGGAGAAAAAAGUGUUUCAUUUUCAGAAGAAGAUGAAGUUUUGGAAAUAGCAUCUCGUAAUUGGCCAAAAAGGGAUUAUAAAUCAAGAAAACAAGGAGUUAAAUCACGUUUAGGCCUGAAUGCUUCUAUGUUGAAAACUCGUAAAACAAUUAAAAUGAAAGUAACAACUAAUAAAAAGUCAAGUCCCCUGAAAGCCUCUACUGCUGCUAUCGGACUGAAAUCAGAUGAAAUAAUACGCAAAGGCCAGGUACCUGUUCAUAAUAGACUUGGCAAUAAAAGUGGUAACACAUCUGUUGUUAAUUUAACAAACCGAAUUGGCCGUGUAAGUUUAUCAUCAGUUAAAAAAAUACCAGAUCGACAGUCAAGUGUUUUUGAUCGCUUGGGUUUUGGAAAUCGUUAAAAAAGCUAUUAUAAAAGAAAAAUUAAGAAAACUUAUUAUAUAUUCGUUUUCAAAUUUUUAAAUUUAGUUUGUUUGUACGACAUUUUAAUUUGAUAAUUGAAAAUAAAUCAAACAACAAUCUCCUUACAAAGAAGAUGAUGUCCACAAAACCCAACGAGUACAAAUAUAGAAUAAUUAAUUCAGUAACGUUUCAAAAAAAAAAUAUUAUUUUAUGUACUAUUUCAUUUUGCGUAUAAUGUUUAAUGUUAUAAUUUAAUGUUAUAAUUUAAUGAGAACAAUAUUGACACGGUAAUUUUGUUUGUGGAAUAAUACUUUUCUAAUCUAAAUCCUUUCAUUUAUACAUAUAUUUUUAUUAAAAUAUAGAUGCCAAUUUAAUAAUAUAAAUUCAUAAUUUUUAUAGUUUAAAAAAAUGUAACUAAAUUAAUUAUACUAUGUUUUAUCUCGUAUAAAAAUGCUAUGAAUUUCCUCAAUAAAAGAAAAAU